GGAGACUGAAUUACUUGAAGCAAGCGAAAUAUCGUAGUUCAAAGUUCGCAACCGGUAAAAAAUACCGGAGCCUUAUAAAUUGAGUAUGGACUCUAAUCCUGGGCCCUCAAACAGAGUAAAAUAUGGAGAUGCUGAUUUUGAAGCUACUUUACUGAAAUGGGCAGAGGAAGUCGAUUCUGGUGGAAGCGAUAUCGAAUCAGAUGGCGACUAUAUACUAUCGGAUCAUGACACUGCGUCGGAGGUUGAAUUCGACGAAGAGGACAACAAAAAUCUAGGUAAAUUGAAUUGAAAAUCCAGAAA